CACGGCGUAAACUGCAGUAAUAAACGAUAUACCUAGCACGCUAGACGUCUUAAUUCUUCCUAACGUGUUGUGCGGCUGCGGGGGCUCGUACAGUACGAAUACGCUGUGAGUGUUGUGAAUUGUGAUUAAAUCAUAUUAUUACUAUUAUUUUUAUUAUUAUUGCCAAUGAAUCGAUUUAUUAUUAGACGUUUCGUGGAAAAUAUAAUCACAUUUUAACUGAUAGCCGAAGCCAAUAGGUUACCUUCAAAUUACGCAUCUCUAAGUUUAUCUCCUAUAUGGCUAUAUAGCGUACGGUUUCCUUCACGUCCGGUGUUCGCUCGUUAGUUUUGUUUAUUUUUCACUUUUCACCGCAGUAGGUACAAUUAGGUAUGUGUAAAAAAAAAUAAUUAUUACUUAGAUUUGUUAUUGUUUUGCGGAGUGCGGACUGGUUUUUGUUAUAGUGAUACAGCGCGCCACUCAGUAGUAAUGCAGGCGACGAGGUCCUGGUUAACAUUAUGUUUGUGCUUCGUUUUGGGUACGACAGGAACCGGCAUAUUGUGUAAUCCAUUAAUCGAAAAACGACAAACAAAGUCAUGUUCCGUGGACAUGUUCAGCUGUGAAAAUGGGGAGUGUAUUGAUUCAUUAUUAAUUUGUGAUGGACUUGCAGAUUGUUCAGAUAAGUCAGAUGAGACUCAAAAUGUAUGCACUUCAAUGUUAAAAACAUGUCCAAGUUCCGCGUUUCUUUGUAAAUACGGAGCUUGUAUAGAUAGAAGUGCAAAAUGUAAUGGUAAAAUAGAUUGUGUUGAUGGUUCAGAUGAAUUCUUAUAUGAAUGUAUAGUACCUGAACUUGAAUCUGAAUUGGCAAGAAUUAAAUUAGAGCGUCAAACUCAAGUAACUAAUCAGUCUAAAUGUGUAUCUAAUGCGGAAUAUAGCUGUAAAUCUGGUCAGUGCAUAGAUAUAAUAUCCAUUUGUGAUGGAAUUCCAGAUUGCAAUGAUAAAUCUGAUGAAACAGUGGAAUUGUGUAAAUCAGGGGUGGUGUGUCCAAAGAAUACGUUCACGUGUAAAUAUGGUGCCUGUAUAAGUAACCAGAAAAAAUGUGAUGGUUCCCAAGACUGUGUUGACGGUUCUGAUGAAGCAAACUGUGAUUCCACUGGAAAUCGCAAAGAUACUACCUCAUCUACUCCAAUUACACAAACCACGUCGAGACCUAGUAUUCCAUCAACUACCUUGCAACCUAGUAAACCACCAACACAGGCCAAUAAUAGGAGGACAUGUGUGAUACCAAAUACUGAGGGUACUGUGUAUUCUUUAAUCCAAAUUGAAUCAGAUCAUAAACCUGUUUUAUCACCUGGGACUAAUGUUGAUCCGACUACUGCAGUUCAUGAAAACUGUGAGGAAGGUUACUAUAAAACUACUUCUAACAGGAUUAUGCUUUGUUCAGGAAAUGGAAAUUGGAUACCAGAUCAGGAUAAAUUAUGUUUGAAAAAAUGUCCACCUAUGAUUUCGGAUAGCUUAGAUUUGGAUUGUGUUUUUAACGGUAAAAGAGAAAAUUGUUCAAACCCAUCAGUACCAGGUACUAUAUUAACACCCAAAUGUAAAGUCACGCACACUGUACCAAAUGGACAAAUAGAGACUCCAAUCAAAUUACGUUGUCAACAAGAUGGGAAUUGGAGUGAUCGACUUUAUACGUGUAUUCCAUAUUGUGGACGACCAUAUACUCCUAACCAAGCAUUGAUUUUAGAGGGUGUUGAAGCUGUAUAUGGAUCCGCACCUUGGAAUGUUGGAGUAUAUCGAAAAAACAAUAAAAAUAGUUUUGACUUAAUAUGUGGAGGAUCACUGAUUGCUCCAAAUUUAGUUGUAUCUGCUGCUCAUUGUUUUUGGCAAGAAAGUUUGAUAGAUACAAUAUUAAUAAACAAUGGUACUUAUAAAAUUGCUGUUGGAAAGUAUAAGAGCGACAUUGCAAUCAAGGACAAUGCAUUUACUCAGAUUGUUGAUGUUGGAUUGAUUUAUUUGAAGGAGGGCUAUUAUGGUGCUUCCGGAUAUCAUGCUGAAGAUUUAGCCAUUCUUGUGUUACCAAUCAAAAUUACAAUGAGCAAUGUAGUUUCUCCUGUUUGCAUGGACUGGUCUAAAAGAUAUUCCAUUUCAAAUGGAUCUAUUGGAAAAGUUGUCGGUUGGGGAAAAACAGAAAAAAUGGUAGAAAGUUCAGUUUUAUUAGAAGCUGACCUACCAUAUAUUAAUCGUCAGACGUGUCGGAAUAUGUAUCAAAACGGAUUUCAAAACUUUGUUACUCUUGAUAAAUUCUGUGCUGGUACUAAAGGUGGACAAGGAGUUCAUCAAGGCGAUAGUGGUGCUGGAUUAACCUUUGUACAUAGCUCUUUACAUUUUUUAACUGGAAUUGUAAGUGUAAAGGAUGCAAACACAAAUGAUUCCAUAGCAGUUUUUACAGAUGUUAGUCGUCAUGUUGGAUGGAUUAAUGAAAUUUUUUCUAAUUAUACUUAUGCAAGUGACAGUAUUUUAUAGAGCUAUUGGAUAAUGUAGUAAAAAUAACUAAUAAGUAUAUUAUCAUUUUUUGAAUAUUGUGUAUAGUGCUAUAGUAUAGUAUAGUAUAUAGUAUACUAUACUAUAGUACUUAUUAUAUUGAUAUUUAUAAAUCAUUAUUUUUAUUUUUGUUUAACUAUUUAUUCAUUUUGAAUAGUUUUAUAACAGAGAAAUAAUGUAUACACUAUACAGUUGUAUUGAAUUAAUUAAAUUAUGAAUUAAAAUAUUUUGCAAUAACAAUAUUGAUUGUAUAUUUUUAAUAAGUUUGUUUAAGUAUUUUAUAACAUAAAACAAUUAUUUUUGUAUUAUUUGUUAGUCAUAUAUAUAAAUAUAAAAUUUGUAAUACUUUUUAA